AUGUCUCAAACGAUCCCUGGCGACAAGAUGCUGGAUGUGUCCAACAGCCCAGAGGCGGUCAGCCUCAGUGCGGACCCGCGAGACACAAUCGAUCCCGUCAUUCACAAGCGAGCAAUGUUCAAGCUUGACAUGGUCGUGAUGGGCGUUUUUGGCGUCAUGUAUCUUUUGGCCAACUUGGAUAGGAACAACCUGGGAAACACCAACAUCAUGAGGCUCCCUGAGGACCUCGGCCUCCGGGGCAACGAGUUCGGCAAUGCCGUGACACUUUUCUUCGCCACCUAUGUCGCAUUCGAGGCACCGUGUUCCAUCGCUCUCAAGAUCGUCGGCCCCAAGAAUCUUCUUUCAGUCUGCAUGCUGGGAUGGGGGUCUGUCUGUCUGGGCAUGGGCUUUGUCAAAAACGUCAGGGGCCUGUACGCCUGCCGUCUCCUCAUUGGCUUUUUCGAGGCGGGCUUGAUCCCGUGCAUCAACACCUACAUCGGCAUGGUGUACCUGCGGUCUGAAAUGUCGGUGCGCUCCGCCAUCAUGUAUGGCUGCAGCGCAUUCGCAGGUGCUGUGGGCGGCCUGCUCGCGUCAGCCGUUUCAAAUGUCCAUGCAGGAGGGCUGGCGCCGUGGUCAUGGCUCUUCAUCAUCGAAGGCAUCAUCACCGUCUCCUUUGUCCCCGUCUUGUAUGCAGUGUUUCCCAAGGACCCGCGGACGGCGUGGUUCUUAACCGAGGAGGAACGCAACGUCAUCCGCCUGCGCUUCGAGCUCAACCCUCACUUGUCGCUCGAGGACGAGUUCUCCUGUGCCAAGGUGGCCAGUGCCUUCAAGGAUCCCAAGACGUACCUGCACGCCGUGCUCGAGUUCGUCCUGACGCUCUCGCUGUUCAGCUUCAUGACCUUCCUGCCCGCCAUCAUCCGCGGCCUGGGCUACACGAGCGUCGUCGCACAGCUCCUCACCGUGCCCGUGUACGCGUGGGCGACCAUCUCGUACUUCGCCAUCGCCUUCCUCUCGGACAAGGUGGGAUUGCGAGGCCCCUUUAUCCUCGGCGCUGGGCUCUUCCUCCUCGCCGGGUACGCCGUCAGCAUCGGCACCGACAGCCUCGGCGGGCGGUACGCGGCCGUCUUCAUCGUGGGCACGGGCGUGUACGCCUGCGCGGGCUUGUCGAUCGUCUGGCUCAACAGCAACUUUGCGGGCCACUUCAAGCGCGCCACCGCCCUGGGCUUCACCUUCACCGUGGGCAACUGCUCGGGCAUCGCGGUCGGGCAGAUCUUCUCGGCGCAGACGGCGCCGCGGUACCUCAACGGCGCGAAGAUCACUAUGGGCAUGACGGCGGUCGGGAUGGUGCUGACCAUGGUGUACAUGGCGGCACUGCACCGCGUUAAUCGGCAGCGGGAGAAGAGGUUGGCGGAGUGCGAGCCAGGGACGUCGGUCAGCGCUGGAGUGGUUGUCGAGAAGCAGACUUUUAGCGACUACGAUGUCACAUUCCGAUACAAUCUUUGA